AUGUCGCCCACUAUGUCAUGCGCUCGCGCGUUUCCCCGUUAUUGCCUCACAAAACUUCUCCGCGCGCACAUUAGCCCUUGCGCGAGUCACCCGCACGCGCAACACGCGCCGCUACCCUUGCCCUUCCACGCAGCAUGCCGCGCGCUUUACAGUUCUCCGCGCGCAGCAGCCGCGGGGGAUGCGGGUGACGCCCCGAGGGAGCAGGCGGAGUGUGUGUUGGUGGGCGCGGGCGUGGUGCGGCAGCGGGAAAAGGAAAGGGGCGGGGGAGCGGAGACUGGCAGUUACAUGCCAUUGCCGGGUGUGGUGGCGGAUUUUGAGGCGCAGGCGAGGGAGCAGGCGGAGUGUGUGGUGGUGGGCGGGGGGAUGGUGGGGCUUGGAGGGGAGAGAAGCGGGGGAACAGCCCCUGGCGAGGCCGUUGCAGGGCUGGCUAUGUCGCCACCCGUGGAUUUCGAAGCGCGGGAGAGGGAGCAGGCGGAGUGUGCGGUGGUGGGCGCGGGCGUGGUGGGGCUGGCGGUGGCGCGCGCGCUGGCAGUGGCGGGGCGGGAGGUGGUGGUGGUGGAGGCGGGGAGCGGAGUGGGGGGCGGUAUCAGCUCGCGCAACAGCGAAGUGAUUCAUGCGGGGCUAUAUUACCCACAUGGGUCGCUCAAGGCACGGCUGUGUGUGGAGGGGCGGCGGCAGCUGUAUGCUUUCUGUGAGGACAGGGGGGUGCCGCACCGCAGGGUCGGCAAGCUGGUGGUUGCCACGUCAGCAGACCAAGUGCCGCAACUGGAGAAUCUUAAGGCGAGUUCAACUGCUCUGCCUUCUCCCACCUCUCACCCUCAUCUCGCCGUCGCGCCAAACCCGCGCGUGGAGGAAACGGGGUGGAGGGGCUUCGGAUGGUGGGCGGGGAGGAGACUUACUCACGCGGAGGGCAACGGGGUGGAGGGGCUUCAAAUGGUGGGCAGGGAGGAGGCAAGCCGGAUGGAGCCACGAGUGGAGUGCCAGGCUGCGCUGCUGUCGCCGCACACUGGCAUCGUGAACUCACACGCACUGAUGCUCGCCCUUCAGGCAGAGGCAGAAGCAGCAGGUGCUGUAUUCGCUUUCAACUCAGCCGCAGCGCCCAUCAAACCGCAACUGCCACCCCUCCGCCUCCCUCCUCUCUACCUCGCCCGCGGGCAUUACUUCGCCCAUUCUGGCCCACCACCCUUCUCCCGCCUCGUGUACCCGCUGCCGGAGCCGGGGGGCCUGGGCGUGCAUGCCACGGUGGACCUCGCCGGUCGAGUGCGGUUCGGCCCUGACGUGCAGUGGUUGCACGCGGUGCCACUCUCUGCUGCCCAUGGCAUGCCCAUCAGCUACGACUACUCAGUGGACCCUGCAAGGGCCGAAUCGUUCUACUCGGCGAUCCGCAAAGAGGGUGGUGAGGGAUGGGCAUCACUGCAGCCCCGCUCUCUGCAUGCGGACUAUGCCUAUGCGGACUAUGCCUAUGUGGACUAUGCCUAUGUGGACUAUGCCUAUGUGGACUAUGCCUAUGUGGACUAUGCCUAUGUGGACUAUGCCUAUGUGGACUAUGCCUAUGUGGACUAUGCCUAUGUGGACUAUGCCUAUGUGGACUAUGCCUAUGUGGACUAUGCCUAUGUGGACUAUGCCUAUGUGGACUAUGCCUAUGCGGACUAUGCCUAUGUGGAGAAACCGGCCCAAACUCAGCGGCCCAGGGGACCCAGCAGGAUGCGUCUAGAGGCACUGCAGGGCGGCUCUCUGCAUGCGGACUAUGCGGGCAUUCGACCCAAACUCACUGCUUCUGGGGAACCUGUUGCUGACUUGUUCAUUCAGGCGAGACUGGGUGGUGAGAUGUGUGGUGGAAUGGGCCAUGUGUCAACGUUUUUCUCACUUCCCUUCUCAUUCAUUCUAAAUUCGACUACUAACUACUCGGAAUGCGCUACCACCCGUGAUGUGUGA